AUAAUAUUAAAUACUCUCUUUUUAUUUUAUAGUUAGGACUCCGGUUCAUCCAUUUUCUAUCGGACUCCGAUUCCGUCAUCUCGAGUUGUUCAGUCGGCUGAAUUCUUUUUCCCUAUUUUUUUUUCUUAAUUAAAUUCCUUUUAAACCGUUCACUUACAUCUGAAUAACAAUGCCACCUAAAUUCGAUCCAAGUGAAAUCAAAGAAGUGUACAUGCGAUGUGUUGGAGGAGAAGUUGGUGCUACAUCUUCUCUUGCUCCCAAAAUUGGUCCAUUGGGUUUGUCUCCCAAGAAAGUCGGUGAUGAUAUUGCUAAGGCUACAUCUGACUGGAAAGGUUUGAAAAUUACUGUUAAAUUGACUAUUCAAAACAGAGUAGCUACGAUUUCUGUUGUUCCUUCAGCAUCAUCAUUGGUAAUCAAAGCUCUUAAAGAACCACCUCGUGAUAGAAAGAAGGUUAAAAAUGUUAAACACAAUGGUAAUGUAACUUUGGAUGAAAUCAUCAAUAUCAGUAGAACAAUGAGGCCAAGAUCAAUGGCCAGAACAUUGGCUGGAACCGUAAAAGAAAUUUUAGGAUCAGCUCAGAGUGUUGGAUGUACUGUUGAUGGAAAAAAUCCUCAUGAUAUCAUCGAAGGAAUUGAUGAUGGGGCAAUAGUUGUUCCGGAAGAAUAAAAGUAAUUCUUGUUUGUGCAAUUGAUGGUCAAAUAAAGUACUUUAAUUCUUUCAACUUAA